UGUUAUUUGCAGUCAAAAAAAGUCAACGAUUUUGUAUGAGGAACCUUCAUUCAAUCUUCGUUUCAAACUUGGGGCAUACGAUGUAGUGAUCAGAUUUUUAAAUCCUGUUACAUACAGCCCAAAAUCUCUGACGAAUCCUCUGAAUUUCUCGUCAACAAUGGCUUCCAUCUAUUGUUGUGCAGAAUGCGGAGCAAAUCUGAAUCUGAAUUCCAGUCAUCUCUUCCCGCCGGAUUUCUAUUUCGAGGCCGGAAACAAGGGCACGCUUUCGUUUUCCUUGAUCGACUCCACCAAGUUCAGGCUCGAGAAAGAGGACAAGCUCCGGCCAUUCUUCGAGACCGUCAACUAUUGGGGAAUCCAGCGGAAUCGCACCAAGAUCAAGUGCAAUUCAUGUGCGCGUCUCGUCGGCUAUGUUUACGACGAUGGGCCUCCUCUCACCGAUAGUCCUGGUCAGUACCACUUCGGACCUAGCCAGGUUAUUCCCCGAGCUCCUAGAUACAGAUUCAAGAUCAAGGAGCUUCGGAUUUCCUCUGAGAGUUGAAAUAUAUUGAUUAUCGCGCAUUAGGGUUUGAAAAGUUCUAUGAAUUUGUGUCUGUUUUUUCAACUUUUAUAUAGAUCAUAGAUGGUUGUUUCUGCCCUGGGAUCUGUGAAUAUUGUUUGCAUCAUCAAUACACCAUACUGUACAAAUAAGUUGGAACUUCAAUCGAAUGCUUGUGAAAUAUUCUCGUUUACUAUUGCA